GAAGUCAUAUGAUACUGUACUUCACAUCACCUUGCUCGAAGGAUUGGGAUACAAUACUUAUAGCCGGUGGGUCCAAACACAGCCAGUGUGCCAGCCUGAUUAAGUGAGCUUGAGAUCAAUAAUAAUGGCGCGGUCGUGGAUUGGCAUGCUGGUUGUUGCGCUGCUCUUUGCUGAAAGUUUUCAUAAAGGUAUUUGUGUUCCAGUUCAAGCCAAAGAAUCAUGGGGAUAUGUGGAUGUCCGUCAGGGAGCACAUAUGUUCUGGUGGCUGUAUUACGCCAACAGUUCCAGUGCCAGUUAUAAAGAACUACCUCUAGUUAUGUGGCUGCAGGGAGGUCCUGGGGGAUCUAGCUGUGGUUUUGGCAACUUUGAGGAAAUUGGACCACUGGAUAGAGACCUGAAGCCAAGAGAAACCUCUUGGGUGCAUGCAUCCAGUGUGCUAUUUGUGGAUAACCCAGUAGGUACCGGCUACAGUUACACAGACACUGAAGAUGCCCUCACCAAGGACGUUGCAAUGGUGGCAUCAGACAUGAUGGUCCUCCUCAAUAACUUUUUCUCUCUAAAGACAGAGUUUCAGAGUAUUCCUUUCUAUAUAUUUUCUGAGUCUUAUGGAGGCAAAAUGGCAGCAGCUAUUUCUCUUGAGCUCACAAAGGCAAUUAAAGGGGGUUCAGUCAAAUGUAACUUUGCUGGGGUGGCACUGGGAGACUCCUGGAUCUCUCCUUUAGAUUCAGUCAUGACCUGGGGUCCUUAUCUUUACAGCACAUCUAUGUUGGAUGACAAUGGGCUUGAGGAGGUGAACAAAGCAGCAAAGGGAGUGCAGCAGGCUCUGGAUCAGGGCCAGUAUCAAAAAGCCACUGAGAUGUGGUCUAUCACAGAGAAUGUGGUGGAACAGAACACAAAUGGAGUGAAUUUCUACAACAUCCUCACUCAAGACUCUGAUGAGAUGAAGAGCAGUUCAGAUCAAACCACAGAUGGAUUUCUCUCCUCACUGAAGCGACGUCACAUUCGCCCUUUGCACCGUCAGUCCCUUUCAGAGUUGAUGAACGGGCCAAUCAGACAGAAGCUUGGGGUCAUUCCAAAGAAUGUCACAUGGGGAGGUCAAUCUGAGGCUGUAUUUGUCAGCAUGGCAGGAGAUUUCAUGAAGCCUGUUGUGAACAUUGUGGAUGAGCUUCUGGCUUCAGGAGUCAAUGUCACAGUCUACAAUGGCCAGCUGGAUCUCAUUGUCGACACAGUGGGUCAGGAGCAGUGGGUGAAACAGCUAAAAUGGAAUGGACUCCAGUAUUUUAACCAGAUGAAAUGGACAGCACUGGAGGACCCACAAACAGAGAACCAAACUGGAGCCUUCUAUAAGACCUACAAGAACUUUGCCUUCUACUGGAUCCUCAAAGCUGGACAUAUGAUCCCGUCUGACCAGGGCCCAAUGGCUUUAAGGAUGUUGAAGAUGGUGACUCAGCAAGAGUGAUGAAUCGGAUACCACUGGGAUUAGCUUGUUAUCCACUUUUAGACAAUCAACACUAUAAAAAAUCACCAAAAUGUUGUUUUUAACCUUUUAGGUUCAGAUCCUAAUGUAAUCAGUGCUUUUAAUGUCUAUGCUGUCUUGUACAAUUUGUAAAUUUUAAUGUGUGCAGACAAUAAAGUCAUUUUUAUACA